GGCGCGGCCCGAGCAGAACUGGGGAGUUCAGGACGCAGAGACGGAAGACGGGGCGGCCUGUACAGCUUCCGGCACCAGAAUUGCAACCUUGCCAAUGGACCUGCUCGGUUUUGGUUAUGCAGCCCUCGUGACAUUUGGAAGCAUUUUGGGAUAUAAGCGGAGAGGCGGUGUUCCAUCUUUGAUUGCUGGCCUUUUUGUUGGAUUUUUGGCUGGCUAUGGAGCUUACCGUGUCUCCAAUGACAAGCGAGAUAUAAAAAUGUCACUGUUUGUGGCUUUCUUCCUGGCCACCAUCAUGGGUGUGAGGUUUAAGAGGUCCAAGAAAAUAAUGCCAGCUGGGCUGGUUGCAGGUUUAAGCCUCAUGAUGAUUCUGAGACUUGUCUUAUUGCUGCUUUGAGAAUCCAGAGGAAAUAAGAACUGAAUUCAUGUCAUUCCACUGUAGCAGCAGAGCAUACUCUGUAUUUAAAAGAUAAGUUUCAAUAUGAAA